UUAACAUCAGGGGAGUUUCCUGGCUGAGAAGUUGUGCUUUAUGCACAGCACCUGUUGUGCCGUCAGUUGCCAGUCUCCAAAAACCCAACCCUGUCCGUCCGCGCAGCGAUAUUUUACCUCCGUCUCCAAGUUAUGAGUCUAGACUGCGCCAGACAACAGUACUCCGCUGCGGAUGGUUUUUGGGCACAGACUGGUAUCAAGUUGCGGGACUCCCUUGCCGACUCAGUGUGAGAUUUCUCUUUAAUGCAUGCAGAUCUGCUGGGAGCAGAACGCACAUCGGGCGCGCGCGCUUAAGCCAAAAUGUGUCUCUGUAUUUCUGACCAUUUCGUGCCAUAAAUGAUACGCGUGCAUAAAGGCGAUUUUCCAACCAAGUCCAGCUGGAUUUGAACCGCUUAAACUUUGGUCAACUCAACAAGUAUCCACGUUAGAGCCAACAGGUGCGCACUUGCACUGCGCAGCAGAGGCAGUUUUGGAGGCUCAGCAGAAGCUUUGUUUCAGUUCAUCACUUUAAACAGUUCUAUUUUUGAUUUUUGUUUUUGUGCGGACGAACUGAUGCUUAAGAUCAUGUGGAUUUUACCCAACGCUCAUCUUUCCCAAGUGCGUUCAAAACAGCCCCUGUGUCCUGCGAACGACGCAUGCUUGUGCUGAUGCAAACCCACUCUGUGUGCAGCGCUUUGUAAUCGCCAACUACCACUCAUCCAAAUGAUCCUUCCAUUAAUAUUCCUUCUUGCAUCGCUUCUCCAACACUACGGCGCGGAGGCUGAAUCGAGUCAUGUCAGCAAAUUCCUCCUUCCAAGCGUAAAGGAGAAAAACGGAGUGCAAGAUUCAGCUCAGGAAAAAGUCUUAACAGUGUCUGGAGAAGGAAUGGUCCACAGUCCAGACUUCCCACACACUUAUCCACGGAAUACUGUGUUAGUCUGGAGACUGGUGGCAGCCAGCAACAUGAGAAUUCAGCUUACAUUUGAUGAGAGGUUUGGUCUGGAGGACCCUGAAGAUGGAAUAUGCAAGUAUGACUUUGUGGAAAUAGAGGAUCCAACUGAGAAGACACUCCUGGGCCGAUGGUGUGGGUCACAGCCUGGAACAGAGAGUCACAAAUCCAAAGGGAAUCAGAUCAUUAUCCGUUUCAUCUCGGAUGAGUAUUUCCCCUCAGAGCCGGGAUUCUGCAUCCACUACUCCCCUCUGCCUGUGAGUAUAUCAGAGCCAGAAGUCCCUGCGCUCCCACCACCAUCCCUGCAGGGUGUUGAGGAGCUGUCAGAGGCUGUGGCAGGGCUGAGUACUGUGGAGGAGGUCAUGAAAUACCUGGAACCAGAACGAUGGCAGCUGGACAUGGAGGAGCUGUACAAGCCCACAUGGCAGGUUCUAGGGAAAUCCUUCAUUCUUAACAAGAAGGCAAGAGGAGGUGCUGAUCUCAACCUGCUGAGGGAAGAAGUCCGACUGUACAGCUGCACACCACGCAACUAUUCUGUAUCCUUGAGAGAAGAGCUGAAACGGACUGAUGUCAUUUUCUGGCCCAGCUGCCUCCUUGUGAAGCGUUGUGGGGGAAACUGUGCCUGCUGCUCUCACCACUGCUACGACUGUCAGUGUGUCCCUGCCCGGGUUGCAAAGAAAUACCAUGAGGUUUUACUGUUGAAACAUCGAGGUGGUGGGCGAGGCCUGCUGAAGUCCAUGACUGACGUCCCCUUGGAGCACCAUGAGGAGUGUUCCUGUGUGUGUAAAGAUGACUAGAACUGACCUCAGACAUGCCAAACAGUUGUUAAUGGAAAGCACAUGGGACAUUAGGAAUGAGCCUUUGCUGCUGUUCUGUACCUCAUCCACUUCCUCUGGGAGCUAACAAGAUUCUUCCUUCAUACUGUUGUCCUUUCAGUAAUUGGAUGAAGCAGAACAGACGGGAAUCUAAUAAAUCUUCUGAAUGGAUGCGGCCAUGGUGGAAUACCAAUAGUGUGCUUGGGAUGCAUUUUAGAGUGACUAAAAUUCACUGAAGCAGAUGUGGACUAUUACCUAUGAGUUCUAUUUUUCAGCUCAAGGCGUUUGCCUCCUACUUUUUUAAAGAUCAGUUGGUGUGGGCUGACUCUGUCAUAUACUGUACAAUGGAAGCUCAUAUUUUCAAGUAGUGUUUGAUGUCCAUAAGUGAGCUGACUCCAUCGGCUUUAAUUCCCCAGCUUUUUGUAUUUUUAUCACCGACGCAAAGAGAGGUGCUGUUUAUGAGUAGUUUAUCUUUGCUUUCUUCAUUUUUUCUCUUUGCUAUGGAUUUAAUCAGAGGCACAAAGCAUCUGCUUAAGACUGCAUUAUGUGUAAAUAUUUUAUUUUCGCAUGUCUUUUAUACCAUUGUGCCUUUUCAAGCAAAGAUUCUCAAGGAGAAAAAGUUGCACAGUGAGUCAGUUCUUUGGAUAAAACGUCUUCCUUUGAUUUGUCUUUGCAAUGUUGAAUUUGCUUGUGUCAGGAAUGCCGAGCAUCAAGCGAUUUUUGCUAAAUGAUUGUUCAUAAUAUUUAUUUGUUUCAUGAAAGGGAAUUCAGAUCCACUGAGCUUUGUUUGAUAUAUAUUUUUUUUUUUGCUGUACAGUAGUUUUAGCGUGCGUUUCUCCACUUUUAGCCAACUUUUCAUUUCAUCAUGGAUGUUUUCAAUUUUUUUGUACACCAAAGCUAUUUAUAAGAACCUUUGGAACAACUGUUUGUGUAUGUUGUUGUAAUGAAUGCAAUAAUUAAAAAUAUUCCAUUUCUACCCUGA